UUCCCCGGCGGCGGCUUGUGUCCCAGGCUCGCCAUGCUGCACACGGGAGGCGUUUAUGCCGUGAGAAGGAGGAAGAAGCCGGCGCAGAAAAGCCCGAAGCCACCACCUCCUGAGGGCGUACUGUCAAACCCCUCCAAGCGGCACCGGGACCGCCUCAAUCAGGAACUGAACAAACUGACGAGCUUGCUGCCCUUCCCUGAGGAUGUCCAGGCCAGGCUCGAUAAGCUUUCCGUCCUCCGGCUGAUUGUAGGAUACCUGAAAGUGAAGAGCUACCUCAUGGCCACUGUGCCGAACCACGGCGGCCACCUGGCAGAUCAGCCCGGGAUGCUUGGAGGGAAUGGACAGAUGAAUCUGCAGAUCAACGGGGAAACGUUCUCCGAAGGGGACAUGCUGCUCCAGGCACUCAAUGGAUUUGUCAUUGCAGUCACAGCAGAGGGUUAUGUUUUCUAUGUCUCACCUACAGUUCAGGACUACCUGGGAUUUCAUCAAUCAGACAUCAUCUACCAGAGUGUGUUUGAGCUGAUCCACGUGGACGAUCGAGCCAUGUUCCAGUGCCAGCUGCAUUGGUCCCUAAACCUGCCUCCAUACAAGGAACCGGAUCAAGGCACAGACGCCAUGCCUCAUGUAGACAGCAGCAGCACCACCAUGGAUAACCCCCAGCACCUGCCACCUGAGAAUUCCUCCUCCUUAGAAAGAAGCUUCAUCUGUCGCUUCCGUUGCUUGUUGGACAGCUCCUCGGGAUUCCUGGCCUUGAAUUUCCAUGGCCGUUUGAAAUUUCUCCAUGGGCAGCAAAAGAGAACAGAAGAUGGGACCCUCAGGCCUCCCCAGCUGGCUCUGUUUGCCAUCGCAACUCCGCUCCAACCGUUUUCUAUCCUGGAGCUUCGAAUGAAGACCUUCAUCUUCCAAACAAAACACAAGCUGGAUUUUACCCCCGUGGCCUGUGAUUCAAGAGGUAAAGUUGUGCUGGGAUACACAGAAACUGAGCUCUGCAUGAGAGGCUCUGGGUACCAGUUUAUCCAUGCAGCAGACAUGAUGCACUGUGCAGAGAAGCAUGUGAAAAUUAUGAAAACCGGAGAGAGCGGAAUGACCGUUUUCAGGCUGCUGACGAAGAAAGCAGGCUGGAUCUGGGUCCAAGCAAAUGCGAGACUGGUGUAUAAAGGAGGCCAACCGGACUGCAUCAUUUCCAGGCUGCGGGCCCUGUCGAAUGAAGAAGGAGAGGAGCAUUUGUGCAAGCGGAGCCUGCAACUGCCUUUUCAAUUUGCCACGGGUGAAGCAGUCCUGUAUGAAAACAGUCUGCCAGGGUUCCUGGACUACUUGCACACCAAGAAGGUUUCAAAGGCAAAGAGAGAGACCCCCCUGAAGCAGGACUCAGUAGAUCCCAACUCGCUCCUAGGGGCCAUGAUGAACCAAGACGAAUCCAUAUACAUCUCCCAUGCUGAUAACGUGCCACAGUUCUCCCUGGCAGAUAUUGUCGAUGUACCGGAAGAGCCAUGGCUGGAUGAUGGAAAUAAGAGAGCUGUCAAAGAGAGUGACUCACUCCUAGUCAUCUUUGAAACACUCUUUGAAAAGAGCAAUGUGGAUGGUGACAUCUCUAAGACUCUGCAGAGCCUGGAAAUGGAUGACCUGGAAUUAAAGCAAUGGGAGGAGAUCUUGUGCAACAUGGACACCAAGGAGCCAGUGGCCCAGGGUUUCCUGGAGAGGCCAAAUGACGAGGUGACUUCCUGUGUGGAGGAGAUAUUGUUUAAAAACGAUAAUGGAAAGAAUCUGGGGUUUCCACAGUAUGAUGUGAUGGCUUCAUCUCAGGCCCUUAUUCAACAAAUUCCUCUGGAACAAAUUCCACAAAGCACUCAGCUAAACAGACUUCAAAACCAGCUGGUCAAUAAUAGGAAAUGCAAUCAGCAAAGCAAGCCUCUGGUGAAUUGUCACCAUUUCUGGGAGGCUAAUUCAGCAGCCUCUGCACCAUCUGGAUUCCAAAAUCCAAUGUAUACUUCACAUCAAAAUUCACUAGACCAUGAUCUUCAGGGUCCUUUAGUCACCAAUAUGUCCCAGGAUAUCACUUCUAAACCAGAAAAGCAAGCAUGUUUUGAUCAAGCAAAUUUGCUAAGUGGGAAUAUACUAAGUUCCUUGGGUUUCAAUAACCAGCGAACUACAGGGAUUAAUCUAACAAAUCCUGCACAGGUAUUUCAGCCAAAGGCUCCUGCUCCAGUUUCCUGGGGGAAUGUUAUUCCUAAUAAUCAGAUACAUCAGGGCUCAACUCUGAUUGACUCAAAUCAUCCAGCUCCAUUAAAAAUGAAUUCACAAGAGAGUCAGCAGCCAGACCCAUUGGUUUCAAUGAAUCCAGUCAUCAGUUUCAAUCAGAAUAAUUCUCCAGGAGGUCGCUUGUUAGAUGUUUGGAAAUCUGCCACUCCAAAUCAGCUGGGAAUCAAAUCAAUGGAGACAGAGUCACCAACUCUAUUGGCAAAUAACCAACAGAAUCUUUUUGGAUCACAAGUAACAAAUCCAUGGAUUUCCUCCUCACAGCCUGCUUUUAACAAUGAUCAGGGCAUGCAAGAGUUCAGCAUAAUGCAGGUGUCUCCAGUGCAAGCUCUACAGAAUGAAAUAUCUGAUUCUGUUGAGCAAAAAACUAGUACAUUAGAAGCUGGCCACCUGUCUAGAAGCCAUUCCUUUCCCCAGCAUACCUCUUCACAUGGACCUCACUUAAUGCCACAUUUGUACAAUAAAGAGCAGCAGCAGAUGCUUCAGAACAAACAGUUGUCAACACAGCAACAGCAGCUGAUGCAAGCAAGGAUAUAUCCUCAAGCUCAUUGCAGGCCAACUCAAGUGCAACACAAUGGACUUCCACUGGCCAGCUCCUUGGAGCCAAGUAGCUGGUGUCACAUUCGCUCCCGGGUGGGAAACCAGCAAAUGGACAAUAUUCGUGAAAGCUCAUUGAAGUCCUCAUCAUGUAGCACGUUAUCUAGUGAUGUUACAUUAGCUUCAUGGGAAUAUGAAAACAGUGGCUUAUCCUUUGAAAAUGAUGUUGUGUUUCCUAAAGCCACUCACAUGACAUCCUUUCCCCAGCAACAAAAUACCAUGCCCUGUCAUGCUGAGAGCAAUCCAAAACUGUGUAACUACCAAAGGCCUAAGGAACCCAUUCUGGGUUCCUUGGUGACUCCUCCCACAGAAGCUGGUUUGAGAGGACCUUUCUAUCAGUUGGAACCAAAUUUUCCUCCCGUGUCAUUAACAGAUAGGCAGAUGAAGAGUCAGCAGCAGCUCUUCACUUACAAUAUUCAGUUCAAGCAGUGUCACCAAGAUGAAGAGAAUGCCUCCAUGGAAUUUACUUCUACAAUUGCUAAAGACGGUGUGUGUUUCCCCAAGUACUGAGAGGGAAUGUAGCAAUAGAGAAGGAAAAGACCCUGCUCCCAGCUGUGGACUGAUUUCAUGGCCUUGGAUCGGCAAGACUUUUUUUUCCCCUACUGAUGUGUGACUAUUUCGGUAUUAUUAUAAUUGUUGCUGCUGGUGGCUUUUUCUUAGUGAACACACAUGCAUUCCUGAGACACUCUACUAUGGAUUCCACAGAGAUGAACUUAAACGCUCAUGCAUUUUCUAUUGAAGAAAUUAUACCCCUCUCAACCAGUUGUCUUCUGCUUGAUCUUCUGAGCAGAGUCAAGGAGAAUUAAGCACCAAUAACCGGAUUAGGCACUAAAGUAACUGAGCCACAAUAAGCUUUAAAAAACUGGGAAUAAGUACUUGGAGUUUCCAAUGAGUUUUCCAGGUCAAGUAAUUACCAAGACAAAGGACACAGAUGUAAGAAAAAUGCCUGAGAUGCUGCAAUAGAAAUUCCAUAAGGCUGCUGUCUGAUCUCCUGCCUGAACACUAAGGCCAAGAGUUCAAAUUCAAGGGGCGAAGAUAUGGUUGCCGUCUUUGCAAGCAUUAUUUGUGCAUGUGCUCUUGUCCAUUGGGAAGCUGUGUGUGAUACGAUCUGGAUAUGGAAUGGGGGCACUUCUAAAUCCAAACAGCAUCUACCCCUCGAAUGAUUGUACAUGACCAAAUGACUGAAAUCAACCCAAGGUUAUCAGUGCUAACAAAGAUGAUAAGCCUUGUACUGACUUAUUUUACUUUUCAGAGGUUCUCAAACUUCAUAGCAUCAUGACCCUCUUCUGACAACAAAAAUUACUAUAGAUCCCCAGGAAUGGGGACCAAAGCCUGAGGCCACCCACUGCCCUGGGUGUGGGGGCCAAAGCCCGAGCCCCAAUGCUCCAGGUAGUGGUGUGGGGGGGGGUCAAAGCCAAAGCCCAAGGACUUCAGCCCCAGGCAGGGGACCUGUAACCUGAGCCCUGCUGCCCAGGGCCGAAGCCCUCAAGCUUCUUCGACCCCAGGCAGUGGGGCUCAGGCUUCAGCUCUGGGCCCCAGCAAGUCUAAGCCAGCCCUGGUGACCCCAUUAAAAUGGGGUCACGACCCACAAUUUGAGAACCGCUGCUUUACAUGUAUUGGCCACACAGUUGUUUUCCCUACAUAAAUGUAGCCAAGGCUUAUGGUAACUUCUCUAUGUUCUAUGCUGACUUGUUUAUCAAAAGCUAUGAGAGUCAAUAGAUAGGGUACGCUGCAUGUUAUGUUAUAUUGCAUUGUAUGCAAUGGCAAUGACUUUGGUUGAGUUGCACAAGAUGUAGUUCAGCCCAGAAUUUGGCUCAGCUCAUAUAUAAGGACACUGGGCCAGAUUCUCCUUGUUUCCCCCACGCAAGCCCACUGAAAAGUAAAUGGGAGAAGGAUUUGGCCCAGUGUGGUAUUUACUGGUGUGUGAUGUUCUAUACAGUGGCUGGGUGAUGCCAAAUCUCUGAACCUGAUUGGAAUAUAGUUGUCUUAGAGCCAUUGCUCCAUGUGGCUGCUUCAACGCCCUGUCUAGUCAUUUGAUAUAAAUAUAUAAUGUGUAAUGCUUUGAUGUGGCAAGGGAUAAUUAUCAAUGUGGGAAUGUGCCAUUGCCUGGCAACAAUCUUGUUUGUAUAUUAAUCUGCAUUUUAUUUGUCUCUCCCUAUCUGCCUACAGGAUACUUGAGCGUAUCGCCUUAGCCCCUAUUUGGGCAUGCAGAGAAAAUACCAUAUUGAAUACUGUGUGUGCAUUUGUAACUUAUUCCUCUGGAAUUCCAAUGGAACUCAACCAGGUGACCCAGAAGGCUCAUACAGAGCAAUCCACAAUCAGGGAUUGAGUGCGUGUCUUUUUGAUCACUCAGCUCAGGAAGAGUUUACCCAAUCCAAACUUUUUUUCAAUGACCCGCCAAGGGAGCUUUUUGUUAGUUCCCCCCUUACCCUUUUCUAGUUAUGAAAUAUGGGAUCUUAAAGCCAGAUGUAUCCUAGUUCAACAGUUUAUCUAUAUUUUUGUCAUGUCAUUGAUUAUCCAUUAUAUCAAAUUUCUGGACUUUCACAAAACUUAAUACAUUAGUGCCUCCACUAGGGUUCUGCCCCCAAGCAAAGUUAUCUGUGCCCCAUCUGUUGUCCUUUUUCUGGCCCCAGUUCACCAAACAAAUUACCCACAUGCUAAAGUUAAGCAUGUGUUUGACUGACCUCAGUACGACUGAAGCACCUAAUUAACUUCAGCAUGUACUUAGCUCCAUCUCUCUUUAGAAAGGCACUUAAGUGCUUUGCUCAGUCAAGUCCUCUGUAUUGAAAUGGAGCCACAAUGACCCAACUACUGUCAGUUAAGUGGAAAAAAAUAUUUGGAAGUUUUGUGUACUUUGGGGCUGGUCCCAAAUUUUCUGUCAAACUGUUUUUGAUGGAAAAUUGGGGUUUUGACAAAAUGCAGUUUUACAUUGAAAGUGUCUGCUUUCCAUGGACAUUUUUGAUUUUUCAUUAACUAGCCAGGUGCUAAACAAAUGAAAAUUGUUCUGAUUUUGGCCAAAAAUUGAAAUAUUUUAUUCAGCAGUACCUUAUGGGAGUUGCAGUUUGGGUGACUCAUGUCCCCAUUCUCCUCUGUGGGCCGUGCCCCCCAGCCAGACUUUAUUGCCUGGGUAAUGUAGUCCAACCAGGGAGCCAGGCCUGUAGAGAAUGGGAACACAAGGUACCCAAACUACAGUUCCCAGGAGACACCACUGUGGCAUUUCUAAAUGGAAAUAUUUGGGGAGCUGAUUUUUACAUCAAAAAGUUGAAAAUGUUUCAUAGGGAAAAAAGUGCUAGUAAUGCAAAGUCUACAUCAGCCCCACACAAUACUCCUGCUUUCUUUAGUAUAAUAAUUUUAAGUGUUUCUACCCUCAUUAUAAACAGUUAUCAAGAAGGCUUGGUUAAUAGUAUAGAAUGUCUGUUAUUUGGAUGAAUAAUUUAAAGCCUGAUCUUUCAGGUAUCAAGUGUCCUUAAUUCCCACUCAACACAAUGACAACUUUGAGCCCUUAAUAAAGCCAAAACUAAAAAGAAAUAGGCAUCAGUAAUUUAGUUUGAUUUCAAAGGCCUACAGGGCCAAAGGGGUUUUCAAAUAAAAUGAAAGCUAUUGUGAACCAUAAAAACUAAGCAGAGUUUUAAAAAAACGAUGCUGUUCUCCGUUAUAAUAAAGAAGGUGCCUAUAAUCUGCAUCAGAAUAGUAGACAGCACCAAGUGCAAGUUUUCAGCUGAAAAAGCAACUUUGAGUUUACUUAUAGUUCCUAAAUUCACCCUCCCCUUGGCAGGUCAAAGCUGUGUCCAGGGUCUGACUCCCUCCCCGCGGUGUGUGCCUUCCUCCCUUUACUACUAAUAGGAAUGACGUUGACUUUGCCAAAGCACUCAGCGUUGGCCCAACUCUGCUCCUGUUGAAGCCAACAGGAGAGGAGUGAGGGCAGUCUGGACUACAGGGGUGUGCUUUGUAGAGUGCUGUAAAGUCUUGCCCUCUAACUGCCCCACGUAGACCCUGCUGGUGCCAACUAAAAGAUACCUAGUUUUCAGGGCCGGCUCCAGGCACCAGCGCAGCAAGCAGGUGCUUGGGGUGGCCAAUGGAAAGGGGCGGCACAUCUGGCUCUUCGGCGACAAGUCCCUCAGUUCCCUUUCAGAGGGAAGGACCUGCCGCUGAAUUACCGCCAAAGAAUGAAGAAGUAGAGCUGCCACCGAAGUGCCAAUCGCGGCUUUUUUGUUUUUUUUUUGCUCCGCUUGGGGUGGCAAAAACGCUGGAGCCAGCCGUGCUAGUUUGCAUUAACAUAGUUUCAUACUAAGCACUUUUUAAAACCCUUCCCUCCUUGUACACCUCAUGGCUUUGUCUAUACAUAAUAGUUGUACCACCAACUAUGCCAGUCUAGUUAAAGUAAUCCAGUGCCCCUACUGAGCACACGUAUAUCUCCAUCAAUAGCAGGGCUUGGGCUGGUGUAAUUCAUUCGUAUAAAAAUCAGCCCCCUAGCUGACAUAAUUAUACUGCUACAAAAACUGUGUGGCGCAAACCUAAGAGAAGAAUAGAAACCUAAAUUCUGUAGGAGUUGCAAUGAAGACAAAAGCUCUGUUCAUCAUCCUAUUGCAGCACACAUGUGCAGUCAGAAGGAGACUGUACUGUUGAUCAGGAUUCAGAGAAGAGACUUCAGUGCAUCCAAGCACCUAGCUCUGUUACUUAUGACUUGAUCUCUAUAUAUUAUGUAUAUUCAUGUAUAAUGUUGGGGGUACACUUUGAUUAUUUUACGCUUCAUGAUUUCCUUGUAUGUUGUGAAUUUG